AUGGCUGGCGUCAACAGUAACCGCAAUUAUGCCGGUCUCAUGGGCUUCGGACAUUACGACGAGGCUUCGCAGCUUGUACAAGUCACCAAGCCUCUUUUGCAGGGAGGUAUCGUCGCAGUGUAUUACCUUCCUGGCACUUUGGUGGGCGCGCUGUGGGGAGGCUGGCUUGGGGACCGCUUUGGCAGGAUCGGCACCAUCGGUUUCGCCGCACUCUGGGCCAUCAUCGGCGCCUGCCUGCAAUGCUCUUCGCAAAACGCCAGCUGGAUGUUCUGUGCUCGAGUCUUCAAUGGUGUCGGCACUGGCAUACUGAAUGCGAUAACUCCGGUCUGGGCCACAGAGACUGCCUCCCAUACUUCGAGGGGAGCUUUCGUAUCAAUCGAGUUUACACUCAACAUCUUUGGCGUCGUGGUCGCGUACUGGCUUGAGUACGGGACUUCCUUCUAUGGUGACGGGACAUCGAGCUUCAUUUGGAGGUUCCCGGUUGCAUUCCAGAUCGUGCCUCUCAUCGGCUUGCUCCUCAUCAUCUGGUUCAUGCCAGAAUCACCGCGAUGGCUGGUCAAAGUCGGUCGUGAGGAAGAAGCUCGGUUCAUCCUAGGUCGUCUGCGGGGCGAGAAGGAUGGUAUCGCAGAAGCCGAGUUCGCCGACAUCCAGAACAUCGUGAAAUUGGAACGUGAGAACUCGAAGCAGACAAGCUACUGGAUGAUGUUCUUCGGUAUAGGGCAGGGCAAGUUGCACACCGCUCGUCGGGUCCAGCUCGUCAUCUGGCUGCAGAUCCUACAGGAGUGGAUCGGUAUUGCCGGCAUCACGAUCUAUGGACCUGAGAUCUUCACCAUUGCUGGUAUAGCGCCUGCUGACCGCCAGUGGGUCAGUGGACUGAAUGACAUAACUUACAUGCUGGCAACGCUGAUCUGCGUCUUUACCAUUGAUCGUUUCGGUAGACGAGUAACGCUUUACUGGGGUGCAAUAGGGCAGGGCAUUUGUUGCUUCUGCGCUGGCGGUUUAGCAUACGCCACUCAACAUGCAAGUGGCUCAUACAAAGCCCAUGUCGGAGGAGCUGCAGUCUUCUUCGUAUAUCUCUACACUGCCAUCUUCGGAGCAACGUGGCUUACAGUUCCUUGGCUUUAUCCUGCAGAGAUUUUUCCUCUCCAGAUCCGUGCCAGAGGCAAUGCAUGGGGCGUUGUAGGGUGGUCCAUCGGAAAUGGUUGGUGUGUUCUCCUCCUUCCUACCAUCUUCGCGCAACUUCAUGAGAAGACACUGUAUAUCUUUGGAGGCGUCAACGUUCUUUCGAUCCUGGUCGUCUGGGCACUGUAUCCCGAAACCAAUCAACGUACUUUGGAGGAGAUGAAUCUUGUCUUCGCUGCGGAUAGUAUCUGGAACUGGGAUGCUGAGGAAAAUUUUGCGCUGUUAAAAGAACAGAACCCUGGUCUAGUGCACGCUGCCAGACAAGCCAGCAUCUCAAGCCCGGAGUCAGGCGUGAAAGAUGUACAGGAGAAGCAGAGGGAGCGUAGCGGUAGCCUAGACCUGUAA